UAUUUUGCAAUUGAACUUGCGGUCACGCUGAACUAAAUCGUAUAAAGUGCUAAAUUUUUUUUGCAACUAGGAUAAGAAAUUAAUUAAUGCACGUAUUUAAUGUGCAGAAGGAGACAACGUCAACGUGAAGUCACCACAAAUUUCCCGCUACUACAACUGCUUCAGAGGCUUGGCCCGUCUACGAGAUGUUGACGCACAAAACUUGCCAGGCACGGAAAAAAAUGCAGGUCUCCUUUGUGAUACGAGACGCAGAGGAGAAACAGCAUAGGAAUGGUGUCAAUGCUCUACAGCUGGAUGCCAACAAUGGCAAGUUGUAUUCAGCGGGUCGAGAUGCCAUCAUUCGCGUAUGGAACACACGGACAGAGUCCAAUGAGAAAUAUAUUCAGUCCAUGGAGCAUCACAACGAUUGGGUCAAUGACAUUGUGCUCUGCUGCAACGGUCGAAAUUUGAUCAGCGCCAGCUGCGAUACUACCGUCAAGGUGUGGAAUGCCCACAAGGGAUUCUGUAUGUCCACACUACGUACUCACCGAGAUUAUGUACAGGCGCUGGCCUACGCCAAGGAUCGCGAACAGGUGGCUAGUGCCGGUCUAGACAAAGCAAUAUUUCUGUGGGACGUGAAUACGCUCACUGCGUUGACUGCCAGCAACAACACCGUGACGACCUCUAGUCUAACAGGCUCGAAGGACUCCAUCUAUAGCCUGGCCAUGAAUCCCUCCGGUACUGUUAUUGUGAGUGGCUCGACAGAGAACAUAUUGCGUAUAUGGGAUCCCCGCACCUGCAUGCGUAGCAUGAAACUUCGCGGUCAUACGGAAAACGUACGCUGCCUGGUUGUUUCGCCCGACGGCAAUCAAGUGGUCUCCGGUAGCUCGGAUGGCACGAUUAAGGUGUGGAAUCUGGGCCAACAGCGUUGCAUACAGACUAUACAUGUACACAAGGAGGGCGUGUGGUCGCUGCUGAUGAGUGAGAACUUUCAGUAUAUAAUAUCAGGCAGUAGGGAUCGCAACAUUAUCGUAACGGAAAUGCGCAAUCCCAGCAACAAGAUGCUUGUGUGCGAGGAGAAGGCGCCAGUGCUCAGUUUGGGCUACAACAUUGACAAAACCGGUGUCUGGGCAACCACAUGGAAUUCAGAUAUUCGCUGCUGGAAGCUGCCCAUGUAUGACAGAUGUACGCUCAGCUCUGGCGGCAUGGAUGCCCAAUGGACGCAGGGUGGCACGGAAUUGGCUUGCAUUAAAGGUGGAGCUGCCAUUAAAGAGUGCACUGUACUGAACGAUAAGCGAUAUAUUAUCACAAAGGACUCACAGGAUCAGGUGGUGGUAUAUGAUGUGCUGCGCGUGGUCAAGAAAGAAGAUCUGGGCCCAGUCGACUAUGAGGAGGAGAUUAAGAAGCGCAACAAACAAGUCUACAUUCCAAAUUGGUUUACAGUCGAUCUAAAAACAGGCAUGCCAACGAUAGUUUUGGGUCAAGAGGAAGUUGAUUGUUUCUCGGCCUGGGUAUCCAUAGAGGCCGGCCUUCCAGAGUGUGAUGAACCGACAACUGAGAUGAAGAUUAACUAUGGAAAAUUGCUGCUUGAGGCAUUACUCGAGUAUUGGACGCCACCGCACAGUAUACCACCGAAUGAAAUGGAGCCUGACGUGCGUGGCAACGGCUACUUUCAAGUGCCAAAGCACACUCCAGUCAUAUUUAGUGAGGUCGGCGGUCGUACUGUGUGUCGACUGUUGGUACGCGAUGCUGCCGGCGACAGUGAAAGUACUUUGCUUCACGAGACAGCACCGCAAUGGGUGACGGACGUUGUGAUCGAGAGGAAUAUACCCAAAUUCCUUAAAAUACCUUUCUUCCUGCAGCCACAUCCACAGAUGACCAAGCCGGAGCGUACUAAAAAGGAUCGUCUGGUGGCCAAUGAGUUUAUUCAGUGCCGUAAGGUUUGUGAGCAUGUCCUUGAAAAAGUGCUUAACGCAGAGACAACUCCCAGCGGCGGCAAUGCAAAUAAUUCAUUACAAAAUAGUCAAAGCGAUGCCAAUUCGGAGGGAUCUCAGCUGCCAGCGGAGGAGCGCAUUGAGUUGUGGUGCAACGAUGUGGUUGUUGAUCCCAACAUGGAUCUUCGUACAGUUCGCCAUUUUAUAUGGAAGCAAUCGACUGAUUUAACAUUUCAAUAUAAAACAAAGCAAAACUUUAAUUUCGAUGGUUCAAUCGGUGAUAGUUUGGAGCGCGUUACUCGCAAAUAUUAAUCGCGCUAUCACCAGCUACCAGAGUAUUGUGCUUUACCUAUGGCGUUGCUUUCUCCCCCAAGACGCAUGUGAUCUUUCGUUAUUAUAUGAGCUAUACACAUUGAUCAACCAUUUGUGUUUAUUGUAUGUAUGUUUCGCAAGAUAUGUAUUUGUAUUUGUUUGUCCUUUGAACUAACUAUCAAGUUCUUUCAUUUUAUUUGCUCAAACACCUAUGUUUAGAAUACAAGUAAUAGAAUGGUUUGUUUUAUACAUAUAUUUUUUUGGUAGGAUAUAGCGAGUUCAUAUUUGAGAAUUAAAUAAUGAGGUUUGCAACAGUA